CCCCACGACGGAGGCACGUCGAGCGUCACAGGCCCCGCCCACGAGGCGCGCCGGCGCAGUGCGAGCCCUCCGAUUCGGGCCAUGGCGCGGGCCGGUGCCCCUGAAGUGAUCCGGGCGGCGCAGAAGGACGAGUACUACCUGGGAGGCCUGCGGAGCGCGGCGGGUGGAGCGCUGCACAGCCUAGCGGGUGCAAAGAAAUGGCUGGAAUGGAGGAAAGAGAUCGAGUUGCUCUCGGACAUAGCCUACUUUGGCCUCACCACAAUUGCAGGCUACCAGACCCUUGGAGAGGAGUACGUUGGGAUCAUCCAAGUGGACCCAUCCCAGCAGCGUGUGCCCUCCAGGCUCCGCCGUGGAGUGCUGGUUGCACUACAUGCUGUCUUGCCCUACCUGCUAGACAAGGCGCUGCUGCCCCUGGAGCAGGAGCUGCAAGCUGAUGGUGAUGGUCCCCGGGCUUCACAGAGCAGUCUGCUACCUGGAGGACGCAGCCGAUCAGGGGCACGGCGCUGGGUGCGUCACCACGUGGCCACCCUGACUGAACAGCAGAGGAAGGCCCUCCAGCGGGCAGUCUUUAUCCUGAGACAGGGCUUUGCCUGCCUCCAUCGGCUCCAUGUGGCUUGGUUUUAUAUUCAUGGUACCUUCUACCACCUGGCCAAGAGACUAUCAGGGAUCACUUAUCUCCGCACUCGCUGGCUACCUGGAGAGGACCAGAGGGCUCGCACUAGCUACCGACUGCUGGGGCUAGUCUCCCUGUUGCAUCUGGCAUUGUCCAUGGGGCUGCAGUUGUAUAGCUUCAGGCAGAAGCAGCGAGCCAGGAAGGAGUGGAGGCUGCACCGCAAUCUGUCCCACCGCAGGAGCUCCCUUGAGGACAGAGCCGUGUGCAGAACCCCACUCUGCACCCUAUGCUUGGAGGAACGAAGACACUCCACAGCUACACCUUGUGGCCAUCUCUUCUGCUGGGAGUGCAUCACCGAGUGGUGCAACACCAAGACAGAGUGCCCCUUGUGUCGGGAGAAGUUCCCACCCCAGAAGCUGGUCUACCUGAGGCACUACCGCUGACAGCUCCAAGAAGUGGAUGGAAGCUCAUGGAGGAAUCUCCUGUGGCUGCACAGAAAUACAAAACCUCCACACUGUCCUUUUGUCACAUAAGCUACUACAGUGACCUGGAAAGAGAGGGGUCAGGCACAAGUGGGUAAAAUUCAAUAUGGGGAUAGGAGUUUGUUGCAUGUAAUUUAUGGCUUCUUCAGUCUCUGGAAACUCUGGAGAUAGUGGGCUCCCCCUCCCUUCCCAAGCCACACAGCUGAGAACCGCUCCAGAAGUUCAGGGUAUUUUACUCAGGUCUGUAAAGAGGAGGCCAGCAUCAGGCUGUGAGGCAGGGCUCAGGGUAGGCAGGAAGCAAAGCCCAGCACUCUGGGCUCACCAAUGUCAGUGCCCUCCUAAAACACCACCACACACCUACCCACGUUGCCAAGCCCUUAAGAAAUGAAGGUCUGGGCUGGAGAGACAGCUUAGAGGCUAAGAGCACUGGAUGUUCUUCCAGAGGUCCUGAGUUCGAUUCCCAGCAACCACGUGGUGGCUCACAACCAUCUAUACUGGAAUCUAAUGCCCUUUCUGGCGUGCAGGCAGAACACUAUAAUACAUAAUAAAUAAAUCUUAAAAAUAGAAAAUGAAGGUCUUCAUCUUCUCUAGUGGAUAGGAAGGGGUCUCCCUGAGUUGCAGAUUUUUUAAGACUGUAUUAGGUUGCACACAUGUCACUGCACAUGUAUGGAGAUCAGGGAACAACUUGCAGUAGUCAGUUCUUUGUAUCAUGUAUUUCAGGGAUCAAAUUCCGGUCGGGCUGAGUAGCAAGCAAGCAACUUUACUUGUUGAAUGUCUCACCAACCCAGCAGAGUUGGCUUGAGUGAGUUUUUUCCUAUAAACCAAUUUCCGUGCACCCCAAGAUAGCUGUUCUCUGAAGUUAAGUGAGCCAUGUUGGCUUGGAGGCCAGAUAAAGCAAGUGACCUGCCUACCCAAUGUCACUGCCAAAUCCAGCUCCCUCAUGGCUCGUCCCUAGCUUGUUUCUGGCCUCCAUUUGACAUUUCCAAGCUUUUAAAAUGAAUUCAAGUCAGCGACAGCCUGGCAUAUCUUUAAGUGACUAAUUCCACAGAAAAAGUACAUUAAGAACAGAAGCUCUAGCUGGAUGAUGGUGGCACACACCUUUGGUCUCAGCACUUAGGAGGCAGAAAAAGCAGGCAGAUUUUUGAGCUGAGGUCAGCCUGGCCUACAGCGUAAGUCCCAGCAUAGUCAGGGUCACACAGAGAAACCCUGUCUUAAAAACUAAAAACAACAAACACAAAAAACCUCAGGAGAUGUGGAUCUAGAUUUCAUAAAACAGUGUGAAGACAACGUGAUAGAGCCUUUGGUCUGUAAGCAGUGAGUAGGGCUGAAGCCACCAUCCUCCUUGUGAAGGUCCCCUUACUGAGAGCAGGACCUAUUGCUCUAGGUGGGGCAGGGGACCAGGACUGACAAAAAGUAGCUUCAGGAAGCCUAUAAGAAGAAGUCUGUGGGAACCUGGAACAUAGCUACAAAUAUGUGCAGUACCCUGACUGCUCUGCUGCUCUGGCCAGGUAGAACUAACUUUCUUUCCAACACACCAGAGUCUAGUCAGUGAUGAGGAAAACAGUGUGGGAAAUGUAAACAAAAACGUCUAGGCUUUGAGCCCCAAGUUCCCACAUGGUUAAAAAAAAACAAACUUAACUUAGAACAUUAGAAAAUAACAGGUUAGGUGUACAAAAUGUGACAUCUAAAAGGACUAUCAGAGUGUCCACAAAGGAAGCCCGGGCAGCUGACUUACUCAGUAUCUAACACCACUGGAUGGACGGACGGACGGACGGACGGACGGACGGAUGAGAAACACCUCUCUGUGGGGUCUGAAUAGGUCACAGCCUGGGACUGAAGAGCCUGCUGGUACCUGACAGCCUGUCCCUCCUGUCCCUGUGGUGUCUGCUGUCCUCGUGCUAACUGGCCCAGCGGUUGGUUCCCUUGCAGUAGCUGUGGCAGGCUGUGCGUCAGGGAAGUGACUCGUGGUGUAGACGAAGGCCGUACAAGCAAGGGACACUUUCUUUAAUAAAGUUGGGAUUUAAAAGUC